AUGUCCCAAGAUGAACAACUCUACCCCCACCCCCGCCGCAUCGUCACGGGCCACGACAGCACAGGCAACAGCAUCGUCGUCUCCGACAGCCAGAUCCCCUGCCUCCCCACGCCCGUGAAAUGCAACUUCGCCGUACUCUACGAGACCUUCCAGUUCCCGGCCAGCAACAACGAGCCCUGGGAGGACCCAGCAGCGCGCAAGACGGCCAGCCUCGCCAACGACAAGGGCGUCGUGCUGCGCGUCGUCGACUUCCCGCCCCGGACGGAGACCUUGUACCACCGCACCAUCAGUCUGGAUUUUGGGAUUCUGUUCGAGGGGGAGAUUGAUUGCCACCUCGACAACGGCGUCGUGAUCCACAUGAAAGCCGGCGACGUCUGCGUGCAGCGCGGCACCAUCCACGGCUGGACCAACCCGCACGACAAGCCGGCCCGCGUGUACUUUGUGCUGACGGCGUCGAAGCCCGUCGAGAUUGAUGGGAAGCCGUUGGACAAUGCGGGCUUCAAGCAUGAUGAGGUGGCGAGUGGCGGGAAGGAGUGA